CACGAAACAAAAAGAGGAAGUGGGGGGGUUGUGGCUCAUCAACAACUACGAGCCGAACUUCACGUCAACGAGAGGAAAAUGUGGCGCAUGAAGGUCGCAGCUCUGAACGAGAAGUAAUGAAAUAUGCGCAGAUCUCCACAGAUUUCCCUCCGGAUCAAGUAGAAGUUCACUGUAGCACAGCAUGUCCUCAUCAAGAGUCACGCUUCAUCUUUUACUUCUUACAUUCGUCCUCUUCACUGUAUCAGAGUUGUGUAAAGUGGAUCCGAGCAAAAUGGAGGGCCUUUCUCUUCACAUCAAGAAGUUGAGGCCGGCCUCUGAGUGCAAGAUGAAAAUAAACUCUGUGCCGAAGGAGAAGAUCACAGUCACAUCAAGCAGUGAGCUGACUUUUCAGGACUGCCUUCCUGAAGACGUACAAAUCACUGCCAUGAAAGUCAUAGAGUGUAGUCAACUCAAAGACUGCCAGAAGACUCCGGCCAGACUGUCGGUGCCUGUUUUGCCAACCUGCCUCCCCGCCCCUCUGAGCAGUGUGACCUGGAAUCUCCGUCCUCCUCAGUCGGGUAGCGUGGAGCUGACCUCUCCCACUGGGGCCCUCAAGCAAUCCCUACCUGGGCAGCAAUGCAACGACAGCAUCAUUAUCAAAGUGGUCGGAGACGAUGGCUCUACUAUCGGACACUUCUGCCAUCAGGGAGCCAUACAGACUGUCCAAAUCCACACCAAGGUGUCUGUCACUGUGUCCGGCAUGGGGGGUAAAGCACUAACAGCGCCUUUCAAGCAUGUGCUGAAUGUUGUUUUGAAAGGGGAGAUAUCAGAAAGAUAUAUAUUCACUGUAUCUCCAAUGAGAGACACUCCUGUCCUUUUGGCUACUCCUGGUUGGCCAAUAGGAAUGAAGGAUUACUCCACCGUCUCCUGGAUCGUUUCUGUUCCCCCGAAGAUGGAGGCUCACCUGAUGUUUGUCAACCUCAGCCAGCCAAAGUGCAGCAACCGCCACACCGACAUCAGGGUACACAGAGUCGGCUGCCCAGAGGAGGACUACAGCCGCAGGGAGGACGAGGAGGCCAAGAGUGAGAUCACCGUCUCCGAUAACUUCUACCUCAACAUGUCCAACUGUAUGCCUGAACGAGGAGACUUCAGGGUCCUCACCAAGAUCACCCUGCAGGAGAGCAAGAACUUUCUGCAGACUAUCAUCCUGAGUGUGGUGUCUGCUCUGUUGGUCAUUUUUGCCGUUGUGCUGGUAGUGGUCUGUGUGGUGAUUAGGAAGAAGAAGAAGCUGAAUCCUGAAGUGUCCAUCUACAAUCCAAACGGCACCAGCUUCCUGCCAGCACACAACGGCUUCCCCAAAACACGUGAGGACAACGAGUCCCAUGUGUACGCCUCCAUUGAGGACACGCUGGUCUACACAGACCUGCUGAGACAGGGGGCAGAGAUAGGGGUCUACGGAGAAUUUGACACAUACCGGCCCUUCACAGGGCAAACAGACUCACAAAAGCCAUUGGUCUCUGAAGCAGGUGCAGGUGCAGACAACAUGCCAGUCGGGGCUUACCAGCAGUUUCAGGUUCCUCCGCUUCCCAUCAGGCCCAAGAGCCACGUCCAAACCCUGGUGGACAAUGAUAUUUACCAGACUGACGACCAAAGUGAAGAGGAACACUCUCCGGAUCUGGGGCCCCGGCUGGAGCCAGAGGGAGGGAACUGAGGAGAAGAUUGGAUUCAGCUUUCUGCUUUUCUCUUGACCCACUUGAACUUUGAGAUAUUCAUUCCCUGGCAUCUUUGUGAUUACCAGCCUUGCAAGGAGCCUUUGUUUUUUCUCUUGAGUGUAGUUUUGCACCCAAGCCAGGCGCACAAAAUAACCCUGUUGAAAUCUGCCUGCAGCUGUUACCUUGUUUCUCAGAUAAAGGCAGUACAUACGCAUCCUCUUUAUACCAGUUUUGCAAUUAUAAAGAGAUCCUGCAAUACUUUUAGGAAACGAAAAAAGAAUUUUGUGCUUUUGUAUUAUUUUUGGACCCAUACUUUUGUGAUACUCAAGACUGAUCCGCUGCUGGCUAAGUGAUCUGUUUUUCUGGUCACACAAGGACUUUUUUUGUUUUCUAUUUGUGUUUAAUGAUGAAUGAAAACCAAUAGUCAGACGCCAUAUUUCACUAUUUGUUUUAAGAACCAGAGACCCCUUCUGACACAAAUCAAGUCCUUAUACACUUGAUUGCAGUCCGUGACCAAAAAGUUGCAUACCACUGAACAGUAUCUUUGUUGGUUGACUGAAUUGUGUUAUUAAUUAAGACAUAUGUAUUCAUACAUUUUAAUAUUUUAAAAGAGACUGUGUGAGGAAUAUAAUGUAACAUAA